GGGGGUGGCUGUACCCCAAAACAGCUUCCUGCUUUAGGCGAUCCCCUCAACAGCAUUUUUUCAGUACUUCAGUUCUGAUCUUUUGUCUCAGCCUUCCAAGGUUCUUGUGUCUGUGAAUGUUUUGCUAUUUGUUCUGACUGACAGAGAACAUAUAAACCUGAUAUCAAAGGACAGCAAGACUUUCCUUUCAGGGUUCAAUUUUCUAUUUUUGAAAUAGUAUCUUCAUGAAAUGACAGGUUUUUAAAAAUCCAGUUAAGUUUCUCAAGGUGAACCUCGCUAUUCACAUUAAGGGCUGUGUCCAUAAUUCUAAAUCAAGAUAAGUAUACGAGCCCUUGAAAGGACCUUGUCCUUUUUGGUCUUUUUUUGGUGGACUACACUACUGUUCUACCUUUGUUAAACAGGAUAUUUUGUCAUUCAAAUAUACAUUUCGAUUGAAGUCACAAAGUCUUUGGGCUCGACUCAAGAAUAUGUUUUGAUAUGCGGAGAGAAAGGAAUCUUGUGGCACUGUUCAAACAUUUGUACAGCAGCGAACGCUCUGUAAAUACUCUGUGAUUGACACAUUACACAUCAGGAAAUAAAAACAUCUUACCUUUCUGCUAGUCUGAGCUGGCGCUGUAUCAGAAUCUGGUUUGAGAACAAUAAGAGGAAAGUCAAUCAUUAUUGCAUUGUUGCCAUUAUCCAUGGAUCGUUUCCAGCCCUGGCACUGAACUCAGCUGACUGUUUGCAUACUGAGGAGUACAGAGAGCAGGAGCACGAUCACCGGUUGAUGACGUCAAAUCCGUUCAAACCGCCGUUUCUAGAGCAGAAUGGAGAGUCUAGAUGAGCUGGAGCACCCCCUGCUGCCCGCCAGCCCCACACACUGCGGCGGAAAUGGCAGCGGUACAAGUGGUGGCGGCGGCGGGCUGUUCAAGGGCAUCCUGGUGAGAUGUGAGGAGGAGAACACACUGCCCCCAGUGGCCUGGAGGAGUUACUGCGGGCCCAAAGAGCUCCAUCAACAGCAGUUCCUGGACCCGUGUUCCUUGCCCAAAACACUGGAGCCUUUUUACCCCCCAGCGUCAAUAUGGGGCAACCCUCAGUCCCUCGGCCUGCACAGUAAGGACUACCUGGAAACGACCUUCGUUGACCUCGGGCCCACUUCCCCUCUGGACAGGAAGUUGCUCAGGGAGAUGAGGGACGUCCACAGUGUGUCCUACAACAUGGACGACGAGGACGACCUGCUGCACGAUUACGAGGACUCUUCGAGCGAAGACUUCAGCGACACGGACAGCGAGAGCGACUUCCCGCUAAUGAUCCCGCAGGACUACCUGGGACUGGCGUUCUUCUCCAUGCUCUGUUGCUUCUGGCCGCUGGGGAUCGCUGCUUUUUACCUUUCCCAAAAGACCAAUAAGGCGUCGGCGCAGGGGGACUUCCAGGGCGCCAGUGUGGCGUCUCGUCAGGCCCUCUGGCUCUCCGUGCUGUCCAUCAUCUUCGGCAUCAUCACGUACGCCUGCGCCGUCGCUGCCCUCAUCUCCUACCUGUCUGGGAAACCCCCCUAAAGGACCCCCAUCCCCCCCCACCCCACCCCCCACCCCCCCACUCCCCCGCUCCCCAAACUCCAACCCCAUGCCCACCUCCCACCCCCCACCCCACCAUCCCCCUCCCGGAAUACUCAGCAGCUCACCAGACUGGGCUAAGGAUUCACCUGGACAGGACAUCUCACCUGGAGAGGAUAAGGGUCGCAGUUAGCGGUUUGCACAUUCACGGAUUUCGACACAAAGACGUCAUCGGGUUAUAACUACGCGGCUAACGCAGAUUCAGGGGGAGACAGAGGGAAGAAUUUAAGAAAAGAACUGGACUGGAAUAAGGGGUGAGGGGCGCCCCACAAAUGGCCCAGGACCAGCAACACAGCCUCCUUCAGCAUCUGAUCCAGCGGCACGCGAGACAGAGACAUUAAAGCCUGUUUUAAGAACAGAGAUAGCGUCAUGAUUAAUAGAGCUGGCAGUAAUCUCAGCGGUGUGGUCAGGGAAGGGACACAGCCUCCCUCCCUCUCUAUCAGUCUCUCUCCCUCUCUCUCUCUCCAUCUCUCCCUCCCUUUCUAUCUCUCUCUCUCUCUCUCUCCUGUCUGUGGCUGACAGCGACUGGCUUACCUUUGGCAGAGGGCUUCGCUGAUGAGGGUUGCCCUGUAGGUUUCACUCCAAGGAUUUGCAGAAGACAGGAGACCUUGCCAUGGAAACCUCACCGUGGCAACGGAGGGAUGAGCACCCAAGGGCAAAAAGCCCCCCCCAGGAGGGUCCUCAUUUAGAGUGGGGGGGGGGGGCUUCAGACACACCAACCACUGAUAUGCCAGGUGAUCUGAAUUGUCACCCAGCUAAAUCCCUGUGGGUGUAUUGACUACCACCAGUGUUAAUAGGAGUCAAGUAUGGACAAUAUACUCUAUUAGAGAUAAAAGUAUGAUAGAGUGAAACGUAAUCUAUUUGAGUGGAUGUUACACUGAACGUUUUGUUGUGUAAGAAUUGAAGAUUAUAACAAAAAUGGCAGAGGCUCGAAGAAUAGUUAUGGGUGUAAAUAGAAAAGAUUUUUCAAGAGCUGUGGAGGUUCAGCUCUCCUUCAAAACAAGUGCCAAAAAAGGAGUGUGUUUGAGGAAAGUGAGGGAAGAGAGGGGUGAGAGAAAAAGAGGGAGCUUUCAGAAGAGUGCAAAAAAAUGUCAUACAUAUCCUCAGUGUAAAACAAAUACAAAUAUAUAUUUAUAUAUUUUUAAUAUAAAAGCUAACGUUGUAUUAACAAAGCCGGAAACUGAUCAAUUAGGACACGUUAGUAACAGGCCUGUUUGCGGACUGGCUGUGUGCAGCGAUACUCGGAAUGAGCUGCAUGCUGAGUCAUAUCAUUAGAGGGAAGAGAUGCAAUCUGGAUGCGGCUCUCUUCCAACCUUAUCAGAUAAAGACUCUUUCCCCCUCCCCUAACAUUUCGGCUGUCCACGACGUCACCUCAGCGCGAAUCUCGUCGAUGUCAGCGUCUCAUCUUGGACCAUCAAAAAAUGCGGACAAGAAUUCCGCUCUUAGCUGCAGUGGUUUUUUUUACCCGUAGUAAAAAGAUAGCGAAUACGUGAAUGGAAAACUUGGAUCCUUGAGGAUGUGACAUAAAACCGCGAUCUAAAUGUGUAGCAUUUGAGCCGAGUUUACAAAGGGCGGAGAUUCUUCGUUCCUCCUUCACGCGAGUCUUGUGACUGCACGCUCUCUCUCUCUCCCUUUUCUCCGCUCCGCUGGAUGAAAAAUGCGUGACUGUAAGUGUUACUAAACUAAACUUUAACGAGAGGAGGGCAGCGGUACCGCCAUCUGUCGCAGAUAAGAAAUAUUUAAUUUGCCUCUGAUUGCUAAUCACCCGGAAGCAGACCAAUCAGCUCACGGCACCUAGAAAUGGGGCGGAGACUCUCGUACACCCUCUCUUGGCUAGGUUUUUGCACUAAAAACUACACCAGAACCAUGGUUACUACCAUGGUUACUAGGGGCUGAACUAGAUGCCACAGAUUGUGAAGAUUUUGUAUGGGUUACAGGUUCAGGUAAAUAGUGAUUAUUGUGUCACCGUGUCUUUCUGAUGGCGCUUGUGCGAUCUCAUGAACAUUGUUAUUGAGUUUUCAUAUUAGACACGUAAAAUGGCAGAAUGUGGUUGAUUUCACUGAAAUACCACGCACCUCUGUGGCCACAGCUGGUUGAUAAGAAGCCACUGAGACAACACAAAACAUAAAAGGGCUGGACAGCAUUCCUGGUCAGAGGAACAACACACCUUCAAGGAAGGAAACUCUCAUUUACCGCAACAAGGAAGACAAAACUCCACGCCAGACCAUGUGACUGCGGCAGCCCAAUCACAUUCAAGAGUGGGAAAGGACGUGCCAAGAACAGCUGGAACCGUUUCAAUCGCAGUUUCCGUCGAAGAGCUUGUGUACAACAGAAGACUGUGGAUACAAUGUCACACUUAACACCUUGGUUAAACAAAUACCAUGCAUAUAAUGCAGGAGCAGGUAAAUUCAAGAUUAAACAGGAAUUGGAACAGGUAUCUUUAAUUACCCUGUGUAUGUAAAUAUGCAAUGGCAAAAUCUGUCUAAUAAAUGCACUUGAUUUCAA